ACGAGGAGGGUAUAAAAGGAAAAAAAAAUGGCAAAGGUCGCAGACUUGCUGUCCAUGGACUUCGAACGGCGGAAAGCCGAAACCCUAGCGUCCUUGGUGGCGCCGUGGCCGGACAAAUCUCCGAAGGGAAGUGUCGAUGCCGCCAUUGCACCCCUUCUGGAUGUGAUCAACCUCCACUCUUCCUUUUUCACAACCAGCUCCUGCUCCGGCCGAAUCUCCAUACUCCGCCAACCUGGAGAGAGCCCUAAACCUAAGCAUAACGAGGAUAAAAUAAACCCAAGGAAGAGUAAGAAGAAGGCUGGAGGCGGCGGUUGGAUUUUUGUCUCGCACGAGCCUGUGGAUCCCGAAGUCGUAGUCGACCUUCUAUUCAAAUCGCCGGCAACGCUGAGUACAGUGGAGAUGGAAGAAGUGGAAGGUGGCACAUUGGUUUUUCGGUUUGAACCGCUUAUUGUUGCAGUGGAGUGUAAGGACGUUAUGGCAGCGCAAGAGCUCGUCGCAACUGCUAUCGCAUGUGGCUUCAGGGAAUCCGGUAUUACAAGUAUGAAUAAGCGUGUUAUGGUUGCCAUACGUUGCUCUAUACGUUUGGAGGUGCCUCUAGGCCAAGUUGGCUUGAUUAUGGUAUCACCAGAGUAUGUUCGGUAUUUGAUUGGGGUUGCCAAUGAGAAGAUGGAGGCCAAUAGAAGGAGAACAGAUAAUUUCUUUCGAGUUUUACAAGAUAAGGUUCACCCUAGUUCUGCAAAGAAGCUAAUCCACUCUGCUAAAAAAGCUCAAGCUUGCUUAGCUGUUGAAAGAAAUUUACUUGGUUUUGAAGCUAAACAGAGGAAGAUGGCAUUAAAGAAAUCACAACAUGAACACGAAGAGAUGCAGUCUCAUAACCAAGAUAAUGUUUCAUAUUCUGUCGAAGAUAAAGGAAUGCACAAGUUGUCUCUUUCUGUUGAUGCAUUGGCUAUUCUGGGGGAACCUAUUGAGAGGCUUUUUCUAUGGGGUCAUUCAACAAGUCCCUUAAUGAUUAAUGGAGUUAAAGAAGUUCUUAUAUUUGGAGGUUUUGGUGGUGUUGGUCAUCAUGCACGAAGAAAUUAUACUUUGUUGCUUGAUACAAAAUCGGGACACUUGAAGCAAAUUGAUGCUAUUGGAUCUCCAUCGCCUCGUGUUGGCCAUACUUCCACAGCAGUGGAAAAUAUUAUUUAUGUGAUUGGAGGUAGGGGUGGUCCUAUGCAAAUUUUUAAUGAUGUUUGGGCUCUAAACACAACUGAAAAAAGAUGGACAUCGUUAAAAUGUACUGGACACAUCUUUCACCCAAGGCACCGACAUGCAACUGCUUCUGUAGGCUCAAAUAUAUAUGUUUUUGGUGGUCUAAAUAAUGAAACCAUUUACUCCUGCAUGAAUGUUCUGAAUUCUGAAAGUUUGGAUUGGAAUAAUGUCAACGUUCUCGGGGAAUCACCAUGUGCUCGACAUUCUCAUUCCAUGGUUGCAUAUGGUCCUCUUUUGCUUAUGUUUGGAGGCUAUGAUGGUCAGAAAGUACUAGGUGAUCUUUAUAGUUUUGAUACUAGAACAUCUUUAUGGAAAAAGGAGAAGACUACUGGAAGAGCUCCUUCUCCUAGGUUUUCUCAUUCUAUGUUCAUAUAUAAAAACUUUAUUGGCAUCAUUGGUGGAUGCCCUCUCACGCAACAUAGUGAAGAGCUGGCUUUGCUAAAUCUAAUCAACAACAGGUGGAUUAACGUGUCCAUCAACACUGUUGGCAGGGAUUUUUGGAUUCGUAGUUCAACAAUUGUUAUUGGUGAUGAACUUAUUAUUGUUGGGGGUGGAGCUUCUUGUUAUGCAUUUGGCACAAGGUUUAGUUACCCGAUGAAAAUGAGUUUGAACUUGUCCUCCGUAGAGGAUACUUAUUCUAGCAGGUUAAAUGAAGAAUCAGUUACCUUUCUUGCAAUGGAAGGGCGCAAUAUCUCACAACUUAAUGGAGACGAAUUGCAGGAUUGCUAUCCUGUUUCUGGGUCUUAUUUAAAGGCUGACUUAUCUGCUAGUAAGCGUGGAAUUCAGUCAGAUGCUAAGCAACAUGCUUUACAAAUCAAGAAAAAACAUGCAAAGCUUGUGAAGGAUGUAUUGAAGAAAUUUGGAUGGUUGGAUCUCACUAAGAAGGUUUACCAGAGUCUUGAUGGGAUUCAUAUAUGCUUACCAAUCUCUGGAGAGUUCUUUGACAUCUAUCUAAAAGAAUCUCUUAAUUCUAAUGAUAGAGCUACCGAUUUAUGUGAAGAGAACGAUUUUAUGGAAGAAUUUUCAGUAAAUAAGGUUUCAAUUCCAAUGGCGUUGCACAUAUUUUCAUUAUUUAAUGCUUCCGUAAUUAUUGAUGGUGCUUCAUGUGAUAAAAAGAUCCCUAGCAGUCCUCAAAAAAUUAUGAGAGAAAUGGUCUGUUCUCUGUUGACAGAAAAACGGUUGCCACUGGGAAUGUUAGAGGAGUUGCCUGUUAGGUGGGAUCGACUUGGUGAUAUUACUGUGCUUCCAGUUACAUCAUUUAGAGACCCAAGAUGGGAUUCCAUUGCGGAGGAGCUUUGGCCAGUGGUUGCAAAAUCACUCGGGGCUUUGCGCCUCGCUCGCCAGGGGCGUAUCUUACCUACUGGAACAAGGGACAGCACUUUGGAAAUUCUUGUGGGUGGUAGUGGGUGGGUUACUCAUCAAGAGAACGGAAUCCUUUAUUCAUUUGAUGCAACGAAGUGCAUGUUUUCCUCAGGGAACCUUUCUGAGAAGCUUCGAAUGGCCUGUCAGGAUUGUAGGGAUGAGGUUGUUGUGGAUUUAUUUGCUGGGAUUGGAUAUUUUGUAUUACCAUUUCUUGUCAAGGCAAAAGCUAAACUAGUAUAUGCAUGUGAGUGGAAUUCGCAUGCUAUUAAGGCUCUUCGGCACAACAUUCAUGCGAACUUUAUGGAAGAUAGGUGCAUCAUACUCGAGGGAGAUAAUCGUGUGACAGCACCUAAAGGUGUUGCUGAUCGAGUAUGCCUUGGCCUCCUUCCAUCAAGCGAGAGUAGUUGGAGGACUGCUGUGCGAGCCCUAAGACCUCAAGGUGGUUUACUGCACAUCCAUGGCAAUGUCAAGGACUCUGAGGAGAAAUCAUGGUUAGAUUACAUUGUUGAAUCAAUAGUUUGCAUUGCAGAAACUGAAGGUUUGCUUUGGGCUGUUUCACUGCAACAUGUGGAGCGAGUGAAGUCUUAUGGACCUCACAUUCGUCAUAUUGUAGCUGAUGUAAAAUGUAAGACGCUGUGAUUUUGAUCAACGUAGUAUUUCUACUUAGCCAGAAGAUAAUUUUUUUGUAAGUAAGGCUUUAAUUUAAGUGAUUGGGGUACUCGAUUUGCAAUCUUUUAUUUGAUCAUAUCGAAAUCUAUCUUUCAGAGUUAGGAUUGAGACA